AAGUUCUACAGACUUUGACCAAGUUUUGUUUCCCCUUCUAUGUGGACAGCUAUCUCCCGUGGUUCGAGAUAUUUUAUAAGCUACUUAACAUCUUGGCAGAUUACACAACAAAAAGACAGGAGAGUCAGUGGAAUGAACUUCUUGAAACUCUGCAUAGACUUCCCGUCCCAGACCCAGGCAUGUCUGUUCAUCUCAGCGUGCAUUCUUACUUUACUGUGCCUGAUACCAGAGAACUUCCCAGCAUACCUGAGAAUAAAUCUGACAGAAUAUUUUGUGGCUGUAGAUGUAAACAAUAUGUUGCAUCUGUAUGCCAGUAUGCUGUAUGAGCGCCGGAUACUCAUCGUCUGCAGCAAACUCAGCACUUUGACUGCCUGCAUCCACGGCUCAGCCGCGAUGCUCUACCCCAUGUACUGGCAGCAUGUGUACAUCCCCGUGCUGCCCCCACAUCUGCUGGACUACUGCUGUGCUCCCAUGCCCUACCUCAUAGGAAUCCAUUUAAGUUUAAUGGAGAAAGUCAGAAACAUGGCCCUGGAUGAUGUUGUGAUCCUGAACGUGGAUACCAACACCCUGGAAACUCCUUUUGAUGACCUCCAGAGUCUCCCAAAUGAUGUGAUCUCUUCACUGAAGAACAGGCUGAAAAAAGUCUCCACAACCACAGGCGAUGGCGUGGCCAGAGCCUUCCUCAAGGCCCAAGCUGCUUUCUUUGGUAGCUACCGAAAUGCUCUAAAAAUUGAACCGGAGGAACCCAUCACCUUCUGCGAGGAAGCCUUCGUGUCCCACUAUCGCUCUGGAGCCAUGAGACAGUUCCUGCAAAAUGCCACACAGCUACAGCUUUUCAAGCAGUUUAUUGAUGGGCGACUAGACCUUCUCAAUUCUGGUGAAGGUUUCAGCGAUGUUUUUGAAGAGGAGAUCAACAUGGGCGAAUAUGCUGGCAGUGAUAAACUGUACCAUCAGUGGCUCUCCACCGUCCGGAAAGGAAGCGGAGCAAUUCUAAAUACUGUAAAAACAAAGGCCAAUCCGGCCAUGAAGACUGUCUACAAGUUCGCAAAAGAUCAUGCAAAAAUGGGAAUAAAAGAGGUGAAAAACCGCUUGAAGCAAAAGGACUUUGCAGAAAACGGCUGUGUCCCCACUGCAGAAGAGCCACUGCCAAAGACUGCACCAUCACCACUGGUGGAGGCCAAGGACCCCAAGCUCCGAGAGGACCGGAGGCCAAUCACCGUCCACUUUGGGCAGCCACAAAGACUCCGUCCCACUCGACCGCCGCCUCCCAAGAUACAGCGCGCAAGGCCCGUUCGCCCGCCCCGUCCUCAUGUUGCCAAGAGACCAAAGAGCAACAUCUCCGUGGAAGGCCGAAGGAUGUCCGUCUCGAGCCCCGAGCACCUGGUAAAGCCCUUGCGACACUAUGCGGUCUUCCUCUCCGAAGACUCGUCUGACGAUGAAUGUCAGCGGGAAGAGGCCCCGAGCGCUGGCUUCACCGAAAGCUUUUUCUUCUCCACUCCCUUUGAAUGGCCACAACCAUAUCGGACACUCAAGGAGUCAGACAGCGCAGAAGGUGAUGAGGCAGAGAGUCCCAAGCAGCCAUCACAGGAGCCCAGGGCCCCUGUCCCCACCCCCCCUGACCGGGCUGCCAGCAUCGACCUCCUGGAGGACGUCUUCAGUGGCCUGGACAUGGAGGCUCCCUUGCAGCCGCUAGGGCAGGCCAAGAGCCUAGAGGACCUUCGGGCCCCCAAAGACCUUCGAGAGCAGCCGGGGACCUUUGACUAUCAGAGGCUGGACCUGGGCAGGAGUGAGAGGAGCCUCGGGGUGACAGUGGCCUUGAAGCUUGCCCACCCAUACAACAAGCUCUGGAGCCUGGGUCAGGACGAUAUGGCCAUCCCCAGCAACACCCCCGCCACCUCUCUGGAGAAGCCCUCGACCCUGCUGGGGAACUCCCCGAGCCUGCCUCGCAGGCCCCAGGCCCGGGACAGCAUCCUGAACCCCUGCAACAAGGAGGAGGCUCCCACCCCAACUCUGGGCAGCAUCACCAUCCCCCGGCCACAGGGCCGGAAGACGCCAGAGCUGGGCAUUGUACCUCCGCCACCCACCGCCCGGCCGGCCAAGCUCCCGGCUGCCAGCGGCACACUCGGGGACUUCUCUAGGGAUCAGGAAAGGCAAGCUGCUCUGAGCCCCAACCUGUUCCCAGGGCUCCUCCCCAGGGUAGCCCCCCAAGGUCCCCCGGAACUGCUGCAGCCACUCAGCCCAGCCCCAGCAGCUGCAGGCACAAGCAGCGAUGCCCUGCUUGCCCUGCUAGACCCACUUAACACAGCCUGGUCAGGCAACACCAUCUCGCUCUACCCUGCCGCCCCAAAUGCGGCCACCCCAUUUACCCCCCAGUUCAGCUUCCCCACCGCAGGGACCCCUGCCCCCUUCCCACAGCCACCACUCAACCCUUUUGUCCCAUCUGUGCCAGUAGCACCCCCUGCCCUGCCUCUGGGCUCCACACCAGCUGGGCCUUUUGGGGCCCCUCCAGCUUCCCUGGGGCCAGCUUUUGCACCCAGCCUCCUCCUGUCAAGUUCUGGCUUCUGUGCCCCUCACAGAUCUCAGCCCAACCUGUCUGCCCUCUCCAUGCCCAACCUCUUUCGCCAGGUACCUAUGGGCACCCACACCAGCCCCCUGCAGCCGCUGGGACCCCCCUUAGUCACCCCAUCGAGGAUCCGAACAUUGCCCCUACCCCGUUCAAGUGCCAGGGCUGCUGAGGCCAAGCAGGGGCUGACCCUGAGGCCGGGAGACCCCCCACUCCUGCCUCCCAGACCCCCACAGGGCCUGGAGCCAGCGCUGCAGCCCUCUGCUCCUCCACAGGCUAGAGACCCCUUUGAGGAUUUGUUACAGAAAACCAAGCAAGACAUGAGCCCGGUCCCAGCCCCCAGCUCAGUGGAACAGCUCCGGAGGCAGUGGGAGACCUUCGAGUGAGCGGGCCAAGAGUGUGGCGCCAUGGCACCCUCCACCGUGUCCGCCCAGGUCUGCUGGUGGGAAGGGAUGGGGCCUUCUCCACACUGCCCUCCUCUGGGUCUGGCCCUGGGGAACGGUGCCAGUCACCACCUGGAAAGUGCCCGAGCUCCCAUACCCUCCUCAGCACCCGGCUUGGGUUUUGCACUAGAAUCAGCUGGGCCAGCAACUGCCCCAC